CAAUUAUUAGAAGUUCUUGACAAAUGAAAAACAACAAAUCUGUCCAAAAUGAUUAAAUUGAUUAAAUAAAAAAAUUGAAUUUUCAUAGGUAGAAAGGAAGUAAUCAGCAAAAAUACGUUAUGAAUUAUCUUAUUCAACGGGGAAAGGUUCGCAAUCAAAUGAUAAAUGUACCUCAGGGACUCCCGGAACUCUUGUCAGAUAUCACACGGGAAGUAUUGCGUUGUCAGCCAACAACGGAAUGCCUAUGUCAAUUUAUUAUCGACUACUUGCAUUCAGUAAUUGUAACAAGAGAAAAAGCCAGAGUGGCCAAAGGCAUUAUUGAUCGCGCAUUAGCCGUGGUGGAUGAAAUCAUCGCGGACAUGUGUGUUUGCGAUAUCAGUAAGGAAAAGGCCCAAGAAAUGGCAAUGCAUAUGGAAGAAUGCUUCCGACGCUUCCUGAGCAGAAUGCGUUGUGAACAGCGAAAGGAUAUUGAAGUUGUGCGUUUCGAGGAGAAAGAUAUGCUCGAUGCAAUGAUAGAGCGCUGCAAGUUCACUGAGCAGGAACUAAAAAUCUCCAAACCAAUGAUCGAAGCUGCAUAUCGCCGCUUUGUGGAUGCAUACAUGAAAGCACAUGAGGACUUUGAAGGUACCGAAGAACUAUACCAAUAUUUCAAAGAACGUGAGCAUAAACGACAGGAAGAAGAGAAGGCAAAAUUGGCCGCAACGAAAAUUCAGGCAAAUUUCAGGGGGUAUAGAGUACGAAGAAAUUUAGGCAAGCCACUGCCCAAAGAAGUUUCUCAAGAAGAGUUUGAAGAUGAAGAUCUAGAGUUAAAAACUCAAGCUGCAAUUACUAUUCAAAAAGCUUUUCGCCGUCACUUGUCUUCUUUGGAGUCUAAUAAAUCAAUCGAAAAGGGCGGUGAGAUUUGUGAGCCCGGUUCUGAAGUUAAAGUUACUACUACCGAUAUACCGGGCGAAGAUAUUACAGAACCUCUGGAGCAUAUAAUAGGUGAGGAUGUGCCUUUAGAAGCAACUCAACCAUCUCAGCCACCUGCUGAAGUCAUCUCGGAAGUUGUACAAGAACCUGAACCAGAAGCCGAACAAGCAGCUGAGCCUAUUCGUGAAACCGAGCCUGGACCAGAACCGGAACCUAUAUUGGAGGUAGAACCAGAACCAAUUUUACAGGAGGCCGAACAUUCUGAAGCUCCUCCGGACAACGGCCCAGCAGUUGAGGAGGAGCCCGCAGUUGAAGCGGCUGCAAAUGAAGUUGAUGUUCCUGCAGAAGGCUGAAAAUUUGGACCUUUUAAUUGUUUGUUUAAUAACAAAUUUGAUUUUAUAAUAAAUUUUGUGAAAAAAUAGUAUAUUGU